AUGGCUUUCUUCUUCAACCGUGGUCGAUCCCGACAUCCAUCUGAUAUUGUCCGAUCAAUCAAAGAUCAGUUAGUGAGGCUGCGUGAAUCUCCACCUCCCGCUGCUAAGGUGGAAGAUGAGCUGGCUAAACAACUUAGCCAGAUGAAAUUGAUUGUUCAAGGAACUCAAGAAAUCGAAGUGUCUCCCGAGCAAAGCCUCUAUAUUCUACCCUUUGAAGCUCGAAAGGACACCCAAACCAUAUUUUCGCAUAUUCUUCGUUUCAAGCCCGGCAAUCCAAGCCAGGCCGAUCCGCCGGUUAUUUCCUACAUUGUCCACAACCGACCAGAGGUCAUUAUCGAGCUAUGUAAGGGCUAUGAGCACAGUCACAGCGCAAUGCCGUGUGGCACCAUCCUGAGGGAAGCGUUGAAAUUUGACGUCAUUGCGGCGAUCAUCCUAUAUGACCAGUCAGAAGAUGGGGAGCCGGCCAUCAGACUCAGCGAAGUCCAGCCCGGUGUUCCGCAAACCGGAAAUGGGAUUUUUUGGAAUUUUUUCCACUGGAUAGAUCGAGGGACCUUCGAGUUAAGUGCGGAUGCUUUCACAACUUUCCGAGAAAUUUUGACUCGACACAAAUCCUUAGUAACAGGGUAUUUGGCAACGAAUUUUGACAGUUUCUUUGAUAAAUUCAACGGUGUGCUCGUUCAGUCUGACUCGUACGUCACCAAGCGACAGAGCAUCAAACUGCUUGGGGAAAUUCUGCUGGACCGUGCCAACUAUAAUGUGAUGAUGGCGUACGUUGAGAGCGGGGAAAAUCUCAAGCUGUGCAUGAAGCUAUUACGAGACGACCGGAAAAUGGUUCAAUAUGAGGGGUUCCACGUGUUUAAGGUGUUUGUCGCAAAUCCGAAUAAGUCCGUGGCGGUGCAACGCAUUCUGAUCAACAAUCGAGACCGACUUCUGAAAUUCUUGCCUAGAUUCUUGGAGGAUCGCACUGAUGACGAUCAGUUUACGGAUGAGAAAAGCUUCUUGGUCCGCCAAAUUGAACUUCUGCCUAAAGAACCUAUUGAUCCGGCACGCUCAGCGCGCGAACCAUCUCGGCCGGGUGUCAAUACGGCCACUGUGGCUUAG